ACGGAAGUACAUAACAGCGAAUUCUCUCAUUUCCUUACAAAACUGUCUGGUCCCUUUAAUUUUUCGUCUUUCUGGUUAUUAAUAUUUACCAGCAUCCGGCGUCCGUUACGGCUGAGUUUUUAGUCUUUUUCUUUCAGUAGGCUUUAAUAACACUAAUAUUUUGAUGGAUCUGUCUUUCGUUGAACGUACUAUAUCGUUACAAAGGCCAAAUUCGUCGGUCAGGCUUCUUGGUGGUCAGUAAAUCGUUAAACCAAACGCUAACAGUUAUCCUCGACACUCCUGGUCGCGUUUUUCCUGAGAAGCUUCAGCCAGCCAGCUUGCAUCACCUGCUGCCAAAAUGAUGGACUUUGAUAAUAUAUUAAACAUUGCUUCGCAAAACCAGGACCACAACAGCUCUGUACAGAAGAGAUACAGUUUACAAGCUGGACCACCCAAAAAGGUCCCGAAGUCAAAAGGCGUAAACCCUGCUGCUGUGCAGGCACUUCUGAAGAAGCAACAGAAAGAGACCAAAAUGAAAGAAAUGCAACAGAAGAAAGAGAAGGAGGCACUAAUCGCCAAGAGGGUUGAGUUGAAGUCAGACCGUAAAGCACGAGCCAUGGCUUCCAGAACUAAGGACAAUUUCAAAGGUUACAAUGGCGUCCCAGUGGUGGAGGGUCCUAAGAAGAGGAGAUCAAAACUAGAUAUGCAAGAACCUAAUUCAAUUGCUAUAGAAAAUUUUAAAAAUGACUCAAUUGAUACAGAGGAUGAUGAGGAUUAUUAUGAGUAUGAAGGUACAGAUUCAGAGCCAGAGCAGGAGCCAGAGCCACUGAGACCAAGGAAAACCACAUUUGUUAGUGGAAGUAGUAAUAGUAGUAGCAGCAAACCCUCCUCUAACAAACCCUGUGGGCCACCCAAGCCCCCUCCACCCACCAUGAACUUUGCAGAUAUACUUAAAUUGGCAGAGGAGAAGCAGUUUCAGCCAGUUGAGUUAAAACCAAAGGUAGUGAGAAAGGAAGAAAGGCUCUACACAGCUGAAGAGUUGAGGGAACUGGAGAUGGAGCGCAGGGCUAAGAGACAGGACAGAGACCGAGAUUCAAAGGCAGAGGGAGGAAGAGUUAGCAAUUCCCAGUCUAGCUCUAGUUCAAUGAGAAAACACUCUUUAGAGAAGGACCAGAAAAACUAUAAACCACAAAAAAACUCCCUAGAAAAGCCUAAUCAAUCCAGUGUGUCAGGAAAGAAGUUGCAUUCAACACUGAGUAGUGAUAGAGGCCACUCCACUUCCAAGUCUUGUGUUAAUGACAGAGAUGGAAAUAGACCCAAGACAUCCCACAUAGAUAGAGACAGAUCCAAGGCAAGCUUGUCUAAUUCUGGUGCCAUAAACAGUAAAAUUUCUUUGAAAGCCACAUCUUCUCAGGUUUCAGCCAAACAAGUGGGCCCCAAGUCUUCAUCUAGUCACAAAUCCAACACCUCAAGUGACCUCAGCUUCAAAAAACAAAGCUCAUCAUUUCUUCAAGGAAGAGCUUCAGGUAUUCCUGGGACCAGGCCUCCUGGUACAGCUGUAACAAGUCAGAAAUCUCACCAUGGGAGUUCUCAACAGACCAGGCCUAUUCAGGGUAGCUCCUUGAAGCAGGGACCUACUGUCAGGGGCCACAAAGCUGGAAAGGGAGAACCACUAAGACCUGGAAUUAAUCCAGCAGUAAAAUCAGGAGGUAAAUCAGUGAUAAGACCUUCGUCAGGUGGCCCUCCUAGGACUGGGAGCCAGCCUCAGGCAAGGCCUGGAGGCACGCUCCAGGCAAAGACUGGUCAUGUCCCACAGGCCAGGCCUGGUGGGAGUCAUCUACAGGGUCAACCUGGAGGUAGUGGAUCCCGACCUCCGGGGAUUGGACUUGGUCGGCCUCGUAGUGGAGGACCAGUACCUGGACAGUCUCCUGGCGGCAUUGGAUCAGGACCUGGAAGAUCCAAGUGCACUGUGGUGUCAGAGACCAUCUCAUCCAAGAAUGUUACUGGACCCAGACCAGGAGUCCCUUCUCGACCUGGGAUGCCACAGAGACCAGGGAUGCCACAGAGACCAGGGAUGCCACAGAGACCAGGGAUGCCACCAAGGCCUAUGAUGAACAGACCACCAGGUACAAUGUUACCACCUAUCACAUCUGCCUACAAGAGGAAAUAUGAGGAAGAGGAGUAUGACUCAGAAAUGGAUGAUUUUAUUGAUGAUGGAGGGGACGCGCAGGAGGAAAUUUCCAGGCACAUUAAGGAAAUCUUCGGUUAUGAUCGAAACAAAUACAAGGAUGAGAGUGACUAUGCACUUAAAUUCAUGGAGAGCAGCUGGAGAGAUCUGCAGAAAGAAGAGGCCAGGAGUCUGAGACUGGCUGUGCAAGAGGAUCUCGAGGAGCAGAGACGAGAGGAGGAGGAGCUGCAAAGACAAAAUGCCAAGAGGAAAAGAAAGAACUAAUGCAAUUUGAGAUUAAUUAAAAACCCGAAUUUCUUUUGAAACAUGGAACAAUGGGUCUGCCAUCUUAACACGUGAAACUCAGUGACUGGCCACCUUGACCUCUGUUGCUUUCUUUCUGCUUUUCUACCUAUGUUCAGACAAAAACUGAGUGGAGUGACACAUGACAUGGACUUGAGGAAAACCUCAGACAGUCAAAGGCUAAAUACGCACAAAUCAUUAAGAUGAAGUCGAAGGGAUAAAAUAUAAAGUUCUCACAUUUACCCUGUUAUAUAUUUAUUUCUCCCACUAAGUGCACAGUUUUUGCCAUCAACAGUCCAAAUUUAAAGAGAACUUUAAAUAUGGAGAAGUACUAUUCUUUUUCUUUUUUAAGUCUUACAAUAACAUACUAUGUUAAGUGUUAAUAUCAUACUAUUUUUGAUCAGAAGCUGUUGGAUAUGUUUCCAUGCAGACUUUGAUUGUAAAGUCAGUUGAUUAUGCAGAAAGCAUUACCACUUGAUGUGUUGUGUGUUUCCCUUUGAAAGGUAGUGACAGAAAUGAUUGCAUAAAAAGUCCGUCUGGUCAAUGUUUACUCAAACUAUGACAUUCGUAGUAAUAUAUACAUACAGAGUUGUAUUCUGCAACAGAUGUUACUUAAAAUAUUUCCUUGCCAUAUAGUGUGUGUUUAAUUUUUUUAUGGAGUUUGUAAGAGAAAAUCACUUUAUCAAAGUUUAUUGU